AUGGAUGCUGUAUUAUCAGCUGAUGACCAAGAGUUUUUAGAUAGAUGUGAAGAGGAAUUAAAAGAUAGAUAUACUGAGAAAGAUGAUGACUUCAUGAAUGUGUUCAAUAGUGAGCCUUCCAAGCCGCCAGUAAUUGAUUCCUGGUGGGUAUCCAACAACUCUGGCCGGCGCAAUGACCAUCGUAACAGCAGGCGACAUCAUCCGUACGAGCGGUACAGUAACAAUAGGAACAGAGAUAGAGGAUAUAAUGAUUACAACAGAAGUUCUGAUGACAGAGGACAAGGAUAUCGACCACAACGAAAUAGAUAUCGUUAUUGA